ACGAAGCCAAAGUAUGAAUAUGGAAGAAAGUUGCAAAAAUAUGUAAACAAUAUUUUAUAAUUUUAGCAACAUGAGCAGAAAGGCUGAGGUGAUCAAAUUAUUUUCAUAGUAGAAAGAAUUAUUUUAUAGUAUACCAUAUGUACAAUUUCUUAUGCAUUUCUAAAGUUUAUAUUUCGCUUAGUUAUUUUGAAUGUUUUAAAAAUAUUGCUUAUAAAAGCUGCGCAUGAUAAUAUUAAUGCUACAGGUAAAUACAAUUCCAAUCGAUAAAUCAUAGUAACUGUUAAUGUUUUCUAAUAAUAUUUCCAUCCUGUAUAGGAAAAGAAGAAAUUUCAGGCAUUUCUUGGAGAAAUGUUGAGGGUAGGAUGUUUAAAGGUUUGUACACACCAAGCGCAGAAGCCUCGAUCCGUACGACAGUUGUACGAGGUUGAUAAUUGAAACUAAUAAUAGACCUAAGCCCCGUUUACACUACGCUCAAUUUUUGGUACGGCACGGAUAAAAUUGGUACCCGUACCACUUUUUUGGUUCUUGGUAGUGAUACGGUACCAAAAAUUGAGCGCAGUGUUAACAGGGCUUAGCUAAAUAGGUAGUCGAAGAACCAAAAAAGUGGUACGGGUACCAAUUUUAUCCGUGUCGUACCAAAAAUUGAGCGUCGUGUAAACGGGGCUCUAAUCUCGUACUAUACUCUGUUCCUAGACUCUGUUCCCUGUACAGAGCAUAUAGGCCUAAAUGUAAAACUGCAAUAUUUAUAAUUUUAUUGGAUGCCAGUCGAUCGGCCCUAGCAUACAGUAAUUGUUUUUGUUAACUAACACAAAACAACAACUCUCCCCUUGGCAAGUAAAGUAAAGUAAAGGAUGUAUUCAAGAGGCAUGACAAGCAGUUGAAUGUCGUUGAUAGCAGUGCACAAUAUCGCAUUCACAGAUGCUCCAACUGGUGGCUAUGUAACUGCACAAUUGGAUCGAGCAACUGCACAGAUUAGUUUAGUUUAGUUUAAUUAAUUCGCCAGUAAAUUACAAUAACAUACAUAUAUAACAAGUUACAAGUUUACUAAACAGACGACUGGCAGGAGUUAGAUACAGGACUAAUGUCCCAGUUGCCAUCCUACCCCUAUACAUCAAUACAAUACACUAAGAAAUAUUCACGCAGGUAAGCAAUACGUAGCUAAUUUAUCGAAGUAUAGGUUAGUGAUUUUAGUCUUAAAUAAAGUAAUUGAAUUACAAGAUUUUAAAUUAGAAGGUAACGUAUUCCAGAGUUCUGUAGCCCUAAUGAAAAACGACUUUCUAUAAUAGUCUUGUUUGUGCUUAAUAAUCAAGUUGUAGUUAUUUGGGUCGUAAUUACGUGUCCGAUAGCAAUAAACGUAAACGUUCAGGUACUUAUUCACGUCCAUAGUUAUUAGCCCAUUUCUGGACUUAAACAAUAAAGUUAAAUCCGAAAUCUCUCUUCUGAAUUCCAGUGGAAAAAGGCGUAGUUUCUGCAGCCUCAACGGAUAUGACAUAUCUUUUGGGUAAUUAAGAAUAAACCGCGUAGCUCUUCGCUGAACAUUUUCGAUAAGUAAACGAUAUUUACCUGUGUAAGGAGACCAAAGACUACUACAAUACUCAAGCUUUGGUCUAACAACAGUACAAUACAGAAGCUUCCGGGUGUUUGUGUCCUUGAUAUCCCCACACAAUCUUUUAACAAGACCAAGGGUUCUGUUAGCUUUAGAGACAAUCUCUUCGAUGUGUUUAGACCAUGAAAGGUUGUUGGUGAUAGUAAUUCCAAGGUCCAGUAUGUUAACAACAUUUUCUAAUUGGUUACCUGCCAGAUAGUAGUUUUUACCCGUUAAGUGAUGUUCUGUAGGUAAUUUCUUCCUUGAAAAAUGUACUGCUUUACAUUUACUAACAUUGAAUGCCAUUGCCCAGUUUUCGCCCCAGUGACUAGCUGAGGCUGUCGAGAUCUUUCUGAAGGGAAACACUGUCGUUAGGCAAAUAGAUAGGGCGGAAAAGUUUGGAGUCGUCCGCAUAAAGAGCAAUUGAUGAAUUGUUUUCUAAAUAGGUGGGUAGAUCGUUAAUGUAUAUUAAGAAAAGAAGCGGCCCAAGGAUAGACCUCUGCGGGACGCCCGAUGUAACAGGGAGCCAGUCAGAAGAAUGUCCGUUGAUAACCACUCGUUGAUGUCUUUCCGAUAAGUAACUGCCAAACCAUGAGAGGGUAGGAUCAGAAAUACCAUACGAUUUAAGUUUUAAUAAAAGCAGAUUGCUCCAAUUGGCAAGAUCAUGAUCUUGCCAAUUUAUUAGAGAAUAAUUCUAAGCAAAUUUUACAAUCUGCAAUGCUUACUGCAGCACAAGCAGUUUACAGCAUCAAGAAACCUCGCAUUCAUACACAUGAACUCCAUCAGCAGAAGAAUUGGAAUAUCUAUAUGAUCAAACAAAAAAGAUUCAUGAUUUGCAACACAAAGAUGAUUGAAACAACAGUCAAAAAGAAAUAAUAUAAGUCAGCUCCCUGUCAUAUCAGUCUGUAGAUCGAGAGACAUUUUCAGAGUCAUUUUCAUCAAAAGGAUUUAGAAACCCAUGAAGCAGUAGAGUCAGUCUGCCUUCAAUUAUCCAUACAGACUCUGGUGGAGUUGCUAGCAGAGCUACCGGUUGCACUGGCACAUGGUAACACAGAAUGGUGUCAAUGGUCAUAUCUCAGUACAGACAGUACACGCUACUUUGCAGAGGCUUCUGCUUUAAUCUUGCCCUUGCUGCUCUGGGUUCCUUCCAGCAGGGUUUAGUUUAACGUGCAAUUCUACACGAAAUGUGUAGUGUUCUAAACCCAUUUGUGCAGUUCUUAAGAGUAACACAAAAUUAUGUGCAGUCACUGAAUUAACAAAAAAAAAACCUUAAACAGACUUUUAACGUUAAAUAUCUAACCAGGUAAAAAAUCCUUUGACCCCCCCCCCCAACACCUGGUGCAUCAUAACAUCCUAUGUUGCAGUUCAAAUUUUUCCCUAAUUAAAUAACCUUUAAACUUACAACUUUUAACAUUAAAUACUCCAACCAGGUAAAAAUCCUUGACCCCCUAGUCAAACACUCUGCAAACUCUAUCUACACCCCCCUUAAAAAAAACCUGCUGAAGAAGACUGUUAGGUCGAAACACGUACAGGGUUGCCUUUCCUAUUCCAAUUCAAUCACUCGCUCUUAUAUAAUAUAAUCCUCGCCCUCAUCGUGUCACAUAAAAUUCACAUAUUCAGUUACUAUCUAAUCGUAGUUUCCCUUGUUUUUUGCGUACAUGUUCACCAUCACAGGAGUCGGAGUAAAUAAAUAAAGGAUAACCAUUUGAACUACUGGUCCUCAUUAUUUAGGCUACCCAAUGUCUUACACCAGUACUUGUCCAAUUACCUAUUUCAUACCAAUGAAUGAAUACCAAUGAAUGAAAAAAGUCAAAUUCCAUCAGAUUCUUUGCCCUUAUUUACCAAAUCAAUCACUAUUGCAGAUGACUACUGGACUGACCAUCCACUUGUUCGUUGAAAACGUUCAUGAAUGUGAUCAGAGUGUUUACUGUAUAAUGCAAAAGACGAAGGCCUUCUGUGCGAAGGAAAUGUGACCCUGCCAAAAAAGAGAGCUAGCUCAUUAUACCAUAAAGCUGACGUUCAAAGUAAAAACCAAUGGCAAUGCUAGGCAGACAAAACCAAGCAGAUUCAGGAGCUUGCUGAUAUUCGUGGCUUCUUCACCAGAGCAAUCUUCAGUCCUAUACACCAGGUCUGCAGGAAUUUCAGUUAGCCUGCGACAUUCAGACCAGAGUUAAGAAAUAUCGUAUUUCUUAAGUGACGUUCUCUUGGCCGAGCGAGCUGAGAUUGAAACUUUUGAAGUGCAAGUCACCUGACAUUGUUUUGCGUGGUGAAAACAGCCAAAUAUUUUUUAUGACAUCCUCGCAACACUUCUCUUAAGCAAAGUUUUAAAGUUGAUCAAUCUUAUACGUUUUGGCAGAUCUAAAUUGGGAAAUUGCUGGCUAAACGUAAUUGAGAAAACGGCGUAUAACGCCGAAUUUUUACUGUAACUAACACCCUUGUGUGACGUCAACGGAUGAUAAAGACGUACUCUUUUGGGAGGGAGUAUAAAUCACUGUCGGAAAGAACACUUCCAAGAACUUCUAAAUCACAAAUCUUAGGUAUGUAUAGAUGAGUCUGUUUUUCUAGAAAUCUCCCAGCUGCCAGUUAAUGUUGAACUUGAUGAAGUUCAAAUGUAAUCAAAUGAAGAAUGGUAAGCUGCCCGGUGAUGAUUUAAUACCUGCAGAGAUUUUCAAGCAUGGAUGAGACGAAUCAGUCGUUUCUCUUCAUCAACUCAUCCUUCCCAUCUGGUGGAGAGAGGAGACCGAUUCUGGACCCAAGGGAUGCUGAAAAGAGGGCCAAAUCUGACUGUGGCUAAUACCGCGGUAUUUCCCUCCUUGCUAUUGCUCGCAGAAUCAUCGCCAUGUCAUAAUACACCCUUUCUGUAAUUACGUCACAACUACACUGUUUUCAACUUAGGACCACCUUAAGUGGAAAAGAUUUCAAGUUUUUUUCUCAUGGAGCCUCGUUUUCGUGUUAAAGCUUAUUUCCACAUUUAUUGGUCAAAACGAAGAAAUUAUUUUUCAUGCAUGUGUUGAAGAAGGAUGUUCUGCUUCUCUGUGCAUAUCCCAUGAUUCUGCUUCUCUGUGCAUAUCCUGUACCCUUACGCAUAAGAGUUUCUUCUUGAAUCUAAGUGUGCCAUCCAAACUCCCCCCCCCCCCCUAUUUGAGAGCCCCCCUAUUUGAGAGGCCCCCUAUUUGAUUGCGCUUAUGAUCUACGCGACUGAUACCAGACCCUUGGCCUUUCCAUCAAUGUGAAGAUGACAGAUCCUCUAUCAGCUAGAUCCUGGUCACGUUCCAGCUUUCCGUUCUCUCAAGAUCGGCAGAACUGUUCUUAAGAAUUACAAAGUUUCACCUACCUAGGCAGUUUCCUCUUGGAAAUUGAUGCUGAAAUCGAACACCUCCUCCAGGCUGCCAAUUAUGCUUUUGUCGGAAUGUCGGAGAUGCGUGAGAGUUUUUGAAGAGAGAAGUGUAAGGACUGACAUCAAAAUAUUUGGUGUAUAAGGCAGUUGUCUUAUCAUCCCUCCUAUAUAUAUGGCUAUGAGUCACUACCUGUAAACGUCAUCUGAAAGUACUUGAAAAGUACCAUCAGCGAUGUCUCCGCCGCAUCCUGGGUGUCAGCUGGAAAGAUCGACAGACAAAGAACAGCUUUCUAGAGGAGGCCAAUUGCAAUAGCAUUACGGUCAACCAAAACUCGACUUCACUGAAUGUUUGGGACACGUCUUCAGGAUAAGCAAAUCCUGUAGGUCCCGAAGGGGACAGAGGAAGCACUUUAAGGACAACCUAAAGGCAUCUCUGAAUUAUUGCAAUAUCAGUGUUGAUACCUUGCCCACGAACGACUGGGAUGGUGUAAGGCUGUACAUGAGGGUGGUACUCACUUUGAACUCGAGAGACGGCGAAAUGCUGAGGAAAAGCGCCUUCAGCGCAAGGGACAUGAAAAGGCUCUUUCACCUCUAGUCACUGCCGAUUAUAUCUGUACCAUAUGUAGAAGAGCUCUCAAAUUGGACUUGAGUCAGUCACCUAUAAUAAGAAGUAAUUUAAUUUAAUCCCAGCGAUAUAGCAACAAUCGAUAUAACAACGAUAUAGCGAGAAUUUAAAUACUGUAUUGUAUCAUGCAUGUAUCCAAAGUAUCUUCACUGGUUGAUUUUGACAUGUGCAUGUUGUUUGAUUUAAUUUUAGGGUUUCAAAUAUUUUGCCCUCAAUUUAAGAGGCAGAGAGGAAUUAAUAUGCAGAGUGUUAAAUGAGCCAAUGGUAUGAUUAGUUUUUUUGCCACUUUACUUGACUAGUGUUAUUGUAUGUUAAUAUUUACAGAUUUACCCAGUUACUAUUGCUCGAAAUUUCCAUCUUCAAAAACCCUUCAACAUUCUGCUCUAACGAGUAGGAUUUGGAAUAUUUAUCCGUCACCUUAACAUGAACCUGCAUGAAUGUGCGCGGCCGAUAAAGCGCUGCACCGGAAUCGUAUGGCCGUAUAGGUUCGAUUCUCGCUGCAGGGCCAGAAGUUACAUUUUUCUCUUGAAAUUUCCGCCUAUAUAUAAAUUUCUGUUCUAUAUCGAGCGGGAUGCCCAAAAUUUAGGCCGAUUCCCCAAUAUAGACGAUUUUUUUCAUGCGAAGCGAAAAACAACUCCAGUUUCUACUUUUUCGCGGCGAUUUUCUCCGUUAACCAAUCACAUUACCGAAAGUUGUUUUUGCUUCGCGCGAACGAACUCGGCUACUGGAAAACCGCGGCUUUAGAAAAUUUGCUCUUAUUAUACAUUAUAAUUUCUUAAUUUCAAAGUCGCGAGAGGUCCUUCAAUAUUAUACGUCACCAAAAUCAGCAAAGAUGAAAUCCGGAUCUUCAAGCUUCACAUUUGAUAAGCCAGAAAGUAUUCCACGGAAUUCGUGAGUAUUCUAUAUUUAUUCAUUUUUUCGUAUUCCGAAUGGCAGCUCACUUUCAUCUGUUUUCAUAAAUCGACAUGCAGGUACUUCCCAGGGCACUUAUAUAAUGGGCGGUGUAACGCGCUGAUGUCACACUGAUCGAUGUGUGAUGCGGAAAAGGCACUGGCGUGCUUUUCGGCAAAAGUUGUGUUGAGGAUGUGUUUUUUUGUAUGAAUGCUUGUUUGGCCUAUAUAGUUGAACUUUAAAAUAAGUAUUGAGGAUAAUGACUCGUGUUUUUGAUGACUUCGAUGAAGGGAAAUUUUCAAAACAGCUUUUGGGCAUGUUAUCAAGUCGUCCAAACCUCGUUAUUCAGUUGAUGGUAAAGAUUAUAAUUAUGUGACUUCGGAGUUGGGCGUUCGAAUAUACAGCGUUGGAAAGUGACGUAUUUUUGUAUGUUAAAUUUUGCUUCAUUAGACCAUUAUUUUGCUGCAAAAAAGUAAACAAUUGUAUUUUGGCCCAUGUCAUGAUUUUUUGUUAUUGAAGUAAUUUCUUGGCCAUGCAUUUAAUCAAAAUAUGACUCGCACGGGCGUAUUGUAUGUUGAGCGCAAUACUAGUCGAAAACGUUUCGUCCCAACAGCUUGCCAAGACGACUUCUCUUAAGGAUUCGUUAAGAAAAUCCAAAUUUAGGUUGAGCGUUUCUUGAUUUUCAAUUGAAAAUAUGAACUAGUAAAUAUGAACGGUACGUGUACAUACGAAGUCUUUUAGAAACCUUUUAGAAGAGUUUUAGAAACCUUUCACGUUAAUUCAGAAACCUUUCAUGAGCAAAGAAAUGGCGGUAAUGCAUGAAAAUACAAUAGCAGAAUCUACUAAAUUAUCGUAUAACAUCGGAAUGCGCCCUGGUACGUCCUAUAAAUAUUUCUGUGGUUGCCUAUAUGAGAAAACAAAAAUUUCCAUACAACAAUGCUUUUGCUAAUCUUUGAAUUAAUUGAAAUAUUUUUAGGGAAUCGUUACUUCUUUCACGAAACAGUCAGCUUUCAAGGUGCGAACAUAACAGGCGACUUGCACUAAGUGGUCACGUGAUUCCAAUCUUAAUUGAUUCUCAAUGAAGUCUUAAAAUCCAAAAUUUCGGGAUUGUACCAGUCUAGUAUUAUAAAUCGACACACCAUAUAGGUAUGGAUUUAUACCUUAUAAUAAGGUCACGUGACUUCUUAGUGCAAAUCGGCUAUUAUAUAUUGAAAGCUUUAUAUAUAUCCUGUGUAACAUAAUUUAUGAAAUGAUUAGAAUAAUUAUGUGACGAAUAUUGGGAUAACCCUAUAAAAUAGUGAAAUGUUAGCGAAUUGAUAAGUCAGAUAGAUGAGCUUUAUGUAUCCAGGGUGGCCCACUCAGUAAAGAAUGUUCUUCCAUGCGCGCGGAGAACGACGUACUAUGCGACGAUGCAACAAACAUUUUUAGAACUGAGAAGUAUAGAUUAGAACAAAAUUGAGAUUUAGAGGGAAAGGAAGAAAAGAUGUAUUCCAGAAAGAAUAUGAUGGAAGGAAGUAUAUGACAGACGAUAGCGAGGAAGUAUACUGCAUAUUAAUUAUAUAUUAUAUUAUAUUAUAUAUUAUUAUAUUAUAUUAUGUUAUGUUAUGUUAUAUAUUAUAUAUUAAAUUUUUUUUAUAUUAUAUAUUAUAUAUUAUAUAUAACAUAUUAUUUAUUAUAUAUCAUAUCAAGAUCAAUAUUAAUAUUAAUAUUAUAUUAUAUUUUAUUAUAUUUUAUUAUAUUUUAUUAUAUUUUAUUAUAUUAUAUUAUAUUAUAUUAUAUUAUAUUAUAUUAUAUUAUAUUAUAUUAUAUUAUAUUAUAUUAUAUUAUAUUAUAUUAUAUUAUAUUAUAUUAUAUUAUAUAUGGUUUAUAAAUGAAUAAUAUUAUUUGAUUGAUAUUAUUAUACCAGAGAUGGUAACUACGGAGAUUUAAUGGACGUUGGUUUACCUCCAGCUAGUCCAAGUGAAAAGGAUGUAGACGUGCAGGUUAGACACUGAUGAACACUGUAUUCUUUUUGUUGUUGUUUUUGUUUUCCCCUUUGUAAAGAGGAUCAUGGGAGUCUACGACUGGUAUCGUGGGUAACCUACGAGGUUUGGGGACCAUUCAGUCAGUCAUCCAACUUAUGACUAAAAUAUAGAAAAUAUAUGGUGGUCUGCAGAAACAGGGCGCCCUGGUCAGAAAGUUAAUGUUUUCGUCAAAAGCACGAAGAAGCCAAUGAGCAAGAACAACGCACGAAAGGCAACCUGUCUGGCACUUUUUUAAAAACUUGUGGCAGUGAACAAAGGUUUAGUGCAGCGCCGUACCUUGCAAUAGUAAACUUUACUGUUGUCCGACGGACAUUGAUCAGAAAACAGAGCAUGUAAUUUGUGAACGUGCCCCGUGAGAUUUGUAUAUGCUUUGCUUUUUUGUCACCAUAGUAAUCCGUUACACAUGCUGUAUAGUCUAUGCAUUACUGUUCAUUAUUAUUUAUUUAAAAAAUUCCUGGUUUCUGAUUGGCUAACAGCCAACUGUGAAAUUGUCAUAUCAACUCAAUGGCUACCAAAUACUGAUUUUUCACAUUCAUAUUAGCAAAAUGACGUCAAAGAGUCGAUAUGAAAAAAAUUUGGACGCGUUUGCGCCAUAUUACUAUGACGACGAGAAUCAUAUUGACUCGUUGACGCCAUUGAUAUGACGCAACGACGGCUCUCGAAGGACUAAGGAAUUGUUUUUUUCUUAAUACAAAUAAAAUACAAAUGUUUGUUUUGAAUUUUUUAAAUAAAUAAUAAAAACAAUUAUUGAAUUCGGUUUUCGCACAAUAUGAAGAAUUACCAAGCCCUCAGUUUGCCGUUAACGUUAUCAACCUCAGCCCGGCUUCGGUUGAUAACGGCAAACUUCGGGCUUGAUAAUUCUUCAUAUCGUGCUCAACCUCAUUCAAUAAUUGUUAAAUAAUAUCCAAAAAAUCAAAUCAGGCAUUGGCCACUGAACAUGGAUAUUUUUAUUUUUUUAGGACAACAAGUCUACGUUGUUCCUCAUUGCUGCUUACGCCAGAUACAACUAUCCAUACGUGUGGGUAAGGCCACGAAUACCGCAAAAUUUACGUAAUUCUACAGUAAAUGCCAUACAGAAAGCCGAAUCGGCCAAAAAAGCGUAACUGCCGCCACGCCCUGAUUCGCAAUGAUUCGUCAACAAAAUGCACUCUCGUGAAUGUUCCUAGCCAGCUAGUGCGCUUAUGAGAGGCAUUCAUCACCCUGAACGUCCGUAAUUUUGAAUAUUUUCAGGAGAGUGAAUGUCUCUCAUAGCGCACUGGCUUAGGAACAUGGCGACAGCAUUGCAACGGUUAAGCCAAAAUCAUAGGCGAAGCCAAGACUUUCUGUGUUGAAUGAUUUAAUUGAACUUUAUGUUGGCAUGGAAACCUGCAGUCAUCAGAAGAUGCUCUUCCCAGGCGCCGUGUGCAUUUAAAUUAUUUACAAUAAAUAGAAUUUAAAGCUGAUUUACAUAAGAAAUUAGUAAAAUUACUAUUUACAAUUUAGUUUUGAAAAUGUUUAGUGAAUUGAAUGUCCUUAUUUCAAUUGGUAUUGAAUUCCAUACCCCUGAUUCACUAUAUUCUAGGCUGCUUUUCAAAAAAAUGGUGUUUGGUUUAGGAAUGGCAAAAAUGUAGUCAUGACUUCGUGUAUCAUAACUAUAUGCAGUGUGUUAGCUCGAUUAAAUUGCCUCGAAAGGGGUAAUAUUGGCCUAACGUAUGGAAUAUUUUGUACAUCAAACAGGGGGUGGGGGCAUACUUUCGCCUAUUUUCCAAUAUCGGCCAAUUUAGGUCUUUAUUGUAAUUAUCUGCGUAUUUCGUAGUUGCUCCUAGUAAUUCAGUAUUGCAUGGAGCUGCUCGAUUGAGUAAUUUUUGUUGCUUAUCCCGUAGACCUUUACCACAACGAUCCAAAACAGAACUGCAAUAAUAAAAAAGAGGCAGAUAGACAAGUAUAUGUCAACCAGCGUGUUAACUGGCACCAGAUCACGAAUACGUCUUAACAUUCCAAGGCCUUUAGAUAUUUUUUUGGAUAUAUAAUAAUUUAUGAACAAGCUUUUGUUGGUAGUGAUGCAACUACCUGAAAAAUAUAAGGAGAAUUUCGACUGGAGUUGGCUAGUACAGUAACUCGAAAUUAUCCUUAUAUUUUUCAGCUGUGAUUGCAUCCCUACCAACGAAAGCUUGUUCAUAUUAUUGGCACUACCAACACUGGCACAGACAGUUCAAGAUCUUCUUAACUAAGUUAUUUCCUCCUUUAGACAUGCAGAAAGGACCUCAAUAAAGGUGGUGGUGGGGGGGGGGGGCAUAGAUAUAGUUUACUGGAGGGGCCAACAUGAGGGCUGGGGGGACCAUCCCCCACCCCUUGAUAUGUCAAACCAAGCCCUGCUAAACGCUGUUUUUGCACACUCACAUCAGACACCGCAAAUGCUGGUUUUCACCAUAUCUUUAUAUUCGAGAGUUUGGCAACCUAGAACGACAACGGCAACGGGGAAAAUAUAAUUGCUUAUAUUGUUGUAUUUGAGCCAAAGUAUACGUUACUACACUUAAUUUGCCUCUUUAAGUAUUCCUGUUUCUUUCAAACGUACUCUUAAGUAAAAACAGUCCGCGAAUUCAAAUAAAACACCUCAAAUAACAUCGAACUAAUUAACUGUUGCCGUAGUCGUGCACCGUGAAAAUGAUGCAAAUCACGUACUAGUUUCAACAACUACGGCAUUGCACAACGCUUAAGACCAUGUAAUUUACAUUCGCCUUUGUCUUUGAGGAUUAAUGCUAUUGUUGAUGAUCACAUUGCCGUUGCCGCGAUGCCCUUGUAUUUGCCAAACUCUCUAUUGAAGUUUCGGUGACGACAGUGGCAUCAUCCUGCAAAAUCAAGCGCGAAAACAUUUGAACAUAUGUUUUGAAAUAGUUUAAUUUGUACUAUGAUCAUAUAGUCUUUGAUCACACUUUUGCUACACGGUAUAUAUAUUGCACAAGAAACGUUGAUAGAAUAAACUGUCCUACUCCGCUCUUCAAUAAUCCCUAAAAUUUUGCUGAUUGUAUCGGAAAUGCUAUAAUUUCGAUCCCCAAAGUAUGGCCAAGGAUUGCAACGGUAGUAUUGAAAUGUGGUACAACAAAAGGCUUCGAUAAGUGUCCGUUACUGUAUGGACUGGCCACAGGUUACUGCUUGAAUGAGGAAUGAACUGCGUGGAUUGUGAGGUUGAGGAACAGCCAUAUCCGCAUAUACUAUAAGAGCUUAUAUGAAUUCAUAUUGAUCUGAAAAGUGGUGUGCAUUUGGGUGAAACUGUAAAGUAUGCGUAAUAGUGAUGAGACUGUCGUUUUAUGUCUUAAAUUGAAUGGAAGUGACUAAUUUCCUUUCGCUGACUGGUUCUUUAUUAAAUUAUACUGACGAGGUUUGAAUGUAUUUUAAGAUACGGUCCAAUCACAAAAGAAUUGUCCAACUAACUGGAAAAAGUGACGCUGAAAUUGAACAGCAAAAGGAUAGUCCAUUGAAACUUAAGUCAACUGAAAACUGGCGGAAGAAAGG